AUGGUUAGUGUCUUGUGCGCUUGUGCUCACUUGGGUGCGCUAAAUCGAGGAAAGGCGGUACAUCGCUAUAUACUCGAUCAGCAAUUACCCUUGACGGUUAUAUUGCAGACAUCUCUUAUUGAUAUGUAUGCGAAAUGCGGUUCUAUAGGAGACGCUUGGGGCGUGUUUGUUGAAGCAUCGGCUAAGGAAACGGAUGUGUUAAUGUGGAACGCUAUGAUUGGAGGGCUUGCGAGUCACGGGUUCAUAAGAGAGUCGCUCCAGUUGUUUCACAAAAUGCGAGAAUCUGAGUUUUACCCUGAUGAGAUUACGUUCUUGUGCUUGCUCUCUGCUUGUUCCCAUGGCGGAUUAGUGAAAGAAGCGUGGUUUUUGUUUGCGAGUCUCGAGGAAAGCGGUGUGGAACCAAAGAGUGAGCAUUAUGCUUGUAUGGUCGACGUGCUUUCCCGGGCUGGUCUUGUUAAAGACGCGUUUGGUUUUAUAUCCGACAUGCCGAUAAAACCGACGGGUUCGAUGUUGGGUGCUUUGCUUAACGGGUGUAUAAACCAUGGGAACUUUGAGCUUGCGGAGACAGUUGGAAAGAAGCUUAUAGAGUUGCAACCGCACAAUGAUGGACGAUAUGUCGGGCUAGCUAACGUGUAUGCGAUCAACAAGCGGUUUGGCGCGGCUCGGUCUAUGAGAGAAGCAAUGGAGAAGAAAGGAGUGAAAAAAGUUGCAGGACACAGUAUAAUUGAAUUGAAUGGGACACCACAUAGAUUCAUAGCUCAUGACAAAACACAUUUAGACUCCGGGAAGAUCUACGCAGUGUUACAUUUGCUUGGUACUUGGAUGGAUCUCAAUGUUUACAUUGAUUAUAGUGAAGACUAUCAUUGUUGUGUUGGCUCUUGA